GUAACAUUAAGUAGUGCACAACGUGGAGAAAUAGAACUAUGGUUAACUUCUCCAGCUGGGACAGUUUCUCAACUGUUAAGUAAACGACCAAAAGAUAUAGAUGUGGCUGGAUUUCAUGCAUGGCCAUUUAUGUCUGUGCAUUAUUGGGGGGAAUUGGCCAAUGGAACUUGGAAACUAACUGUGAAAUCUGGAAAUGCUGUUGUAUCAAUCCAUGAUUGGAGUCUCAUUUUGUAUGGGACAAAUACUCCCCCGCCAUCUGUGCCGAUUUCUUCGCACAGACGAGGUGUUCGUCAACUGCCUAGAAAUCAAGAACCUAAUCUUUCUGUGAAAACACAAAAAACAUGGGUUAAUUCACAGAAAGAUAAAUCGCCUCCAUCUAAAUCUGUACAACAACUUCAACAAAAAUCUAUACAGACUUCAAAGCAUUUUUCUUUUGAUUCAACUGUAAAUCCUCCUAGUGAAAAUAGUAAUAAUAAUAAUAAUAAUCUUGAUCAUUCUGCUUUCAGUCUAACUGAAAAUCACAAUUCAUAUCCGUAUCCACCAUUUUAUUAUUUAAAUAAUCAAAAUUCUUAUCGAUAUUGGCCUACUUGGAAUAAUGAAUAUCAGGGCCUGUCACCCAUUCCAGCUCCACCACCUCUUCCUCCACCCCCACUGCCACCAGCACCAGCAAUUUCUGUCGUCCCAUUGCCAUCUUCCUCAUCAUCAUCAUCGGCUUCGUUGUCUCCGUCUUUAUCACCGUCUUCAUCUCAUGGAUCUCAUGACGUAUAUGCACACUACUUCCCUCCAUCAUCUAUCCCAUUCUCUUCAAUAGAUCAUUCUUCUUCUUCUUCUUCUUCAAAAAAUGUUUUAGACCAAUCGAAUCCAUCAAUUGAUUUCGACUUACCAGCAUUAGUUGUACAGUCAAAUGAUUUUACACAUUUAAAAGCAACAUCAAAUACACUGAAUCGAAAUGAAUAUUCUGAGAAGAAAGAAAUUAUUUUAUCGCAUGAUCAUGAACAAUAUUCAGUUAAUCAACAAGAAUCAUCAAUACAACAACAACAACAUCAUAAUAAUAAAAUUAUUAUGAAUAGUGAUAAAAAAGUAUCAUUUAAUUGUGUAUCUUGUGUUAGUAUAAAUCAACUCUUCAUAAUAAUAAGUACUGUUAUGCUGGUAUGCAGUUUGUCUAUCAUGUAUACAAAAGUUUAAAUCUACUUUUUUUUAAUCUUAUUCAAUAUUUCUUUUGAAUUAAUUAAUUAAUUAAUAAGUGAUUUAUUAUUAUGCAUAGUUCAAAUAAAAUAAAUUAGUAAUUUCUUGAUGACUGACAUUCAUUUUAAUCUUUAUUUAUUUUGAGGCAAAUGAUUAAAUUGUACUAUUGUAUAUGAUUCAAUGUGUCAAUUGAAGAAUAUGUUGAACAUUGAAUUAUUUGUUUUAAUAGUGUGUAUGUGUGUUUUAUAGCUAAUAUUAUUUAAAUGAAAACAAACAAAAAAGAUUGAAUAAUUUUUGUGCUUUCAUCCUCUCUUUUUUUUAAAAAAAAAAUGGUAGUAAUAUUAAGGUUAUCCUUUUUCUUUCCUUUUGUUUUCUUUUUUUUAUUUGAUUUAUUUAUUUUACACUAAUAUUUUAUCUUUUGAAUGAAUAAUGUUCACAACUUGUGUGUGUGUGUGUAACUUGUCCAACCUUGAUUUGCGCAUGGUUAUUAUUGUUAACCAAUGAAAUAUUCAUUUCAACUGUGCAAAAGGAUGAGAAGUAUUCAUUUGGCUUUGUUGUAAAAGCAUUCCUCUUUACAGUAAUGAUAAUAAUAGUAAUGCUACUACUACUACUAAUAAUAAUAAUAUACACUUGUGCUUCUUCAUUUUCACAUACAUUAAUGCAUUUAUCUAAUGUCAGUGUGUAUUUUUAUCAAUGGAAUAUGAACCAGUUUAACUAAAGUUGAAGAGAAUUACUGUUUGUCCUCUUUCAUAACUCUUAUAAUAAUAAUUUCUGCAUUAUUAUUAUUAUUAUUAUUAUACGCACAACAAACCUGUUGAUUGAUUAUUCAAAUUUCUCGGCAAAAUACCAAAGAAAUAAACUUGAGUUGAAAAUAACAAACAAACAAAAACAAGCAUCCACUUCUCUGUUGUUGUUGUUGUUUUUGUUCUCUCGCACAAUCUCGAAGUUAUUCAAUAUAAUAUACCCACCUUUUUUGUGUAGGUUAUCACCUACAAUUAUUUUGUUUUUUUGCUUUUCAGGCUAAAUUAUCUCUUUUCUGUCUGCAAACAAUGAAAAAAUUGUCUGUCUUUUAUUUCUAUUCAUGGUGUAAUGGAAUACCUUUUCCUUUUUUGAUCUUGCAUUUCAAUUGUGUGUGUGUGUGGUUCACACUCAUUGAUGCACUGAACUCACAAUAGCUCUUUUUUGACACUUUUUUCAAGCUAUCACAAUGUGAACAAGCUACUACUUACUACUUUGUGCGGUAUUAUUUGUACUCAUUACCGCCUACUUUUUGUGUGCGUGUGUGUGUGUGUGACAACUCAUCUGGCUAUUUAUUUAUUUUUAUUGAUCGUCUUUCUUCUCCUAUUCAUAUAAAAUAUUCUUUCCUCUGAAAGGUUAAAAAAUGAAUGUGGGGUGGGGUGGGGAGGUGAUUUCUUUUCCAGUAAUGAUGAUGAUGAUGAUCUUAAUUAUUACACUGUAUGCACAAGUUGUAUUCUUUUCACACUGUUCUUGUCUUCUCUUCAAAAUUUUCUAUAUGUUGUUCUGUGUAUUGUGAAAUUGUCUGCUAUAAUAAUCCUACAAUCGUUUUUAUGUGAUAACUUAAAAAUAUCAUUAUGUACACAAUGUACUCAAUCGAUCUCGUGUGUGUGUGUGUGUGUGUAAUAUAGGUUUACAUAAACAACAGAUAGUGAUGUGAUGUGAUCAUUAUUCUUGAUGAAAAGAAACACAUAAUGCUAUCUGAUCGCGCUUCUUUUUGCUUCUUUUUUGCAUCUUAACUACGAUUGAAUACGAUUUUAGUUUGUGUCGCUCUACAUGACUGUUGACGUGCAUGCAAUGAAUGCAGUAUGUGUGUGUGUGUGUAAAUCAGUUCUUCAUAAUAUAUAUAUAUAUAUAUAUAUAUAUAUAUAUAUAUAUAUAUAUAUAUGCAUAUAUUAUUAUUAUGUAUUAUGCACAAACUCAAAAUUCUACCUCACUUUUAUUGACUAUUCUCUUGAUGAUGAUGUUUGUGUUUAAUUGUUGUUGUUGGUGGUGGUGGUGUUUCGUUAGUGUUGCUGCUGUUGUUGAUUUUAAGACUUUGGAAUUUAAGAGUUUCUAUUCUAAUUAUCCUUAUAUUCUUGUGUUAUUAUCAAUUAGUAGUACUGUUCAUAUGAUUUAUCCGUAAUAUAAUACAAUAUAAUA